AUCAGUAACUGUUUAGUAUCCCUACCGUUCGACAGAGCUAGAUCUGUGAUUGAUUAUUCAGUCUUACACACUUUCCAUCAUGGCGGCAACACCUGCAACAAAUCCUUCUCAACUGCUUCCACUGGAACUUGUGGACAAAUGUAUCGGUUCCAGAAUUCACAUCGUCAUGAAGAAUGACAAAGAGAUUGUCGGCACCUUACUGGGUUUUGAUGAUUUCGUCAACAUGGUGUUGGAGGAUGUUACAGAAUUUGAGAUCACACCAGAAGGUAGGAGGAUAACCAAACUGGACCAGAUUCUACUAAAUGGCAACAACAUUACAAUGCUUAUUCCAGGAGGUGAAGGCCCAGACGUUUGAUGUGCGCCUUUUUUUUCUUCUUUUUUUUUUAAACAAAAUUUCCCUUUCCCUCAUUCAUGUAUACUUUGUUUUUAUUUUGAUUUAUGUUGUAUUUUUGUAAUUGGUUUUCUAGUGGAGCCUUGGAGUUUUAAUUUGGACCGCUUCAUAAAUUGUAAAUAGGCUGGAUUAUGUGGCAAGUGAUGGAGAGGCUCCUUUCACCGCUGAGAGUCUUGGUUUUGUUAUGAAUAAAUUCAUUUGUGCCCAAUGUGGAA